UCGGAAAAUGUUGUUCGCAUACUCAACGAAGCCAUUGUGUACCACCAAGGUGACAACAUUGUUGGUGCCCGGAGAAGUUUAAGAAAUCUUUUCCAAUUAUUAGUAAUAAAUAAGGCGCAAUGUUUUGACUUUCCGUCAAAAUAUGGAUUGGAGGUCCUACAUCUAGGAAGACAACUCUUUCUUGAGAAGGGCGUGAGUUGCUCGAUAAAACAUGGGACUUUACUUUUGGACUCAAGUACGAGUGGAGCGCAGUUUUACUCUGGAUUGCUAAACGUCAUGGGAGCAUUUGCAUUGCUGAUUUCCGAAUUUGAAAUUGCUAGUGGGACUUUUGAACGGCUGAUCGAUCUCCAUCACCAAUCAAAUACAACCAGUCGUUCUCGUGACCUUGCUGCUGCCUACAACAACAAGGGGUGUGUUCACCUGAUCAUGGGUGAUUUGCUCGAUGCACAUAAAGCGUUCGAAACUUCUCUCAGGAGCCUUGGUAACUCGAACGGGUCGUCAAAUAUUACACAAGUUUUCGCCGUAAAGAGCAACAUGAGCCGACUAAAUCUGGUUUUCAGAAAGUAUCCUCAAGCCCUUGAGCAACAAGAGAAAUUAGUUGAGAGUUGCAAAGCUACAGAAAUGAAGGAUAUACCGUAUCCAUUUGAAGCAGUAUUCACGGUAAUGAAUAAUCAAGCAGUGUUGCAUACUAUUCUCGGCAAUUUUAAGCAAGCAGAACAAGCGUUGAGGUGGUUGAUAUCUUAUUGCAAAGAAAUGGAUAGAGAGGAUUCUGUGUAUCUUGUCAUCUUCAUUCGCUUGCAUCUGUCUGAAGUACUGCUCCUUCACGGAAAAUCAAAAGAGGCUGAUGAAGUAUUCAGUAUUGAGGACUUGAAUUCACUCGAUGACAUUGUGGACAGGUUUGGAAACCUUUACAUGAAUGUAAGAAUCGAGGCACUAGAGAAGUUAUUAGAGCUCUACGUCCGAAGAGGAAAAGUCAAAGCUGCCCUUGGGCUCUUGCAAACAACUGUGAAAAUCCUGAAAACCGUUUUUGGACCUGACCAUUUUAACAUUGCUUCCUUGUUGUACAAACAAGGUACAAUUUUGAGUCUCGUGGGGGAAUUCUCCACCGCCACGGAAAAGCUCAAAAGUUCCGUUGAAAUCUUGAGAAAAAUAUUUGGCUUCAAGAAUUUUCUCCUCCUGAAGUGCUACAUGUCUCUUGGUGAUGUGACAUCGAGAAUGAAUCAAGUAGAAGAGUCCUACCUUUACUUUCAAAGAGCCACUGAGAACAUAGAAGCCAUCUACCAAGUGUCAUUUGUGGAUGAGUUGACAUUGAAGUACAAAGAAAUCACUCGAGGUUUCAAAAUAUUUCAAACACAGAGUGUGUUUGAUGAUAGAAUUGAAGGCCUUGUAGCAGAGUACGGGCAUGGAAUGGCCUUUUUGUUAAACCACAAUAGCAAUGGUCAAUUAAGAAAAUGCAGAGCUGAUCGAAAACCUGUCACUGUGAAGAAAAUGGAUGGUCAGUUUUCCGAGUCGAUGUCGAUAGUCUCUUUCAAAUACUCAUCCGAUUUCAUUAAGAGUGGGCAAAAGCUUCUCCGUCUUGGAAUGAUUAAAGAAGCUGCCGUUUUUUUCCAAUACGCAGAGUUGCAUUGCGGCGUACAUGUAAACCAAGGUUACCCUAACUUGGGUGUUGCCCGCCUACACAGCAUAUUCCUGAAGGAAAAAUACAGAUGUCACGGGACACUGAAGCAUGACCAUCGUCUUAGAAAAUUUUUGGAAGACCUAAGCAGCGUCAUAGAAGCAAGAGGUGCUCAGAGUAUCGUCGAAAGAAUUGAUGGAGUUGUGACAACGAUGGAGUUUGACUAUCCGCGAAACCUGAGGCCUGUGUUGAUUUUACUUCUUUUGUUCUCUAUAGAACUGAAAAUGGUUGAAACGACUUUUGUAGCGUAUGAUUUAUAUUCUAAACUUUUUCAAAACGAGAACAGUGUUCCAUUUUUGCUUCUCGAUGGAAUUCAAGUGUAUGCCUCAAAAGCCAUAAUCACCUGUAAUGGAGAGACUGCUGUUCAAGAUAUCCUCAUUUCCUCUCAGAUUGGUCUGAAAGAGAGCGACGCGGAAAACGCUUCUACUGACACAUCGUUAUUUCACAGUUUGGCUUCCAAGGAGAAUGCAACCGAAAAUGCUUUCUUGGUGACUGGCAGAACGCCGUUCCUUCUAGACAUCGAAGACCUCAAUACUGUGAAGGAAAAGAUAUCACUUGCAGUUCAAGAGUGUUUUCAAAUGAAGUGCUUGGAAACUGAAGCCAGAGGUGUAGCGACUAAGGUUAUUGUGGAUUUGACUCCAACGGCGAAAUGUGGCCUCGUUUUGUCUAUGGGCAGUCGAAUCGAUCUGUUGCCUCUUUGUUUAUCAGAACAUCCAAACAGUAGUGUUCCGCAUAAAGAAACUAUCUUUGAGAUAGACACUUCGAUGCACCAGAGGAUUACAGGAGUGACCUUUAAAGAUGAACAGACAAGCUGCUUCAUGUUCAAAAAAGUUGCACUGAGACUUCUUCAGCAGAGAGACGCAGGAAAAAUCUCAUCAAUGACGCUACCGCAUCACAGCCUUUCCUUGACAGUUCUUCAUCCGGGAAAAGUACGGCUCAAUUUGUCACAAAGUGGAAAAGAGAUCAUACAAAAGAAUCCAGUUCGUAACAACAAGAACAAAAAUUACCGGCCGGGCAAACUCGAAUGGUGCGUUACAGGCUUCCGUUCUUGAUGCAAUCUCUUUGCCUGAAAUUUAUCAGACGACAGAGAAGUAUAAGGUGCCAUGCCAAAAAAGAACUUUAUCGGAGGCUCCUUCGGUUCAAUCCGUCACACUCUGUGAAACUGUGAGUAAAAUUACUUAAAACUAAGAUGUUUUGUUUUAAAACUUUCUGCAUGUAACUCUUUACUGUGCCAACCGGUGUAAACCACUACCCCCGUGGUCUUUACUGGUAAUCGUCUUUUAGCUGGUGUAAGACUUACAUAUCAUAAUUUGUAAUACUAACAUCUCUUAGGCAAGAAUGCGACACUACUUCGCAAGUAGAACAAUUUUGUGUGGACAAUUCCUUGAGGUAAAAGGACGAUCAUUGUUUUUCCACAUUCUCCUUAUGGUUUGAUGAUUGCCAACAUCUUUAGGCUUGGUUUGGUUGUAGGGUACAAGGGUCGCUAGUGUGGAGAUGCGAUACAGUCGAGACAGACUUUACUCUGCAGAGAAAUUGAAGUUGACAAAUCAUUGUUUGGGUGAUAUUUUCCAAACAUAUUUUAGGUCCAAAGUUUGUCGAUUGGAUAAUUGCUAAAGCAAUUAAAGUAGACCGUAAACAGCGUUUUGGCGCCAGUCACUCUCAAUGAACUGGAAAAUACUCCGAACUGGUGAAUCACAGUGAAACAGAUAGGAUUCGAGACAACAAAGGAGCUGAUAAUGUCGAUAAAUGAAUGGUUGUCUCUCUUCCUUAAAAGCCAGAGGGCAGCUACCUGGAAGAGUACACACUACCAUAACAUUUAUGCCACCCUUACCUCUCACAAUUGUUGUAGCAUUUCGUACAGCUGAACUGCCGUUCAAAACCCCAUGAACGUCUCAGCUUUCUCCACUUCACUGCAUUCUGAUCGUCUGGACUCAAGACAGGAGGAUAAAUCGAAAUCCAAAAGCUUUCUAUGUUCUAUAAUCUACAAAUUAAUUGCCUAUUUCUUCUUGCUUUUCUUGUCUCUUACUAAGAAGGUAUGGGCAAAUUUCGUUUGGACUUCACUUCGCUAAAAUUCGCCGACAGCUCCAAUACAUUUCUAUCCCAUAAUUCUGGCACUGGCUCUCUAGCUUUUGCUCUGGUGAUUUUUACAAGAGAAAUGUAAUACGGUGUAAUCAACUACAGUCAAAGAAAUCAUAAUUUGAUGGGCACUGGGUCAUCUCUUUGCGGAAUGUUUGCUUCAGUUGAUUGCUUCUAACGCUUCAGUUACUCGCUCUGUGCUAAACACACCCUACUUUCUCUUAACACCUUCAUCAAAGAUUUUGAUUUCAAGAAAGUUUACGGUUGCUCUCCGGGGCUGUCCUGACCGCAUUGGAAUUGAUGUACGCCUUUUUGGAGGCCUCUGCCAUUCUAGUAAGAAGGACAAACCAAAUCUGCCUGAGAUUUGUAAAGCCUAUAAGAAGAGUAAUCGCCACACACUUACGGCUUUUUAAGACCCACUGGUUGCUGAAGUUUACUCAAGCGAUAUCAGCUGAUACUAUGAGAGGCUGGGUUCGUAAAAUUUCCCCAAACGAGGUGAAAGGAUCUGCUUCCAAUCGUAAAGACUAACUUGGCUGACAGAAGAAACCAUUUUCAAGUUUAAAGCAAAUGCAUUUGAAAGUGGUUUCGUAUUCAUCAAAAGGAACCCUCUAGGAACGAUUCCGACCCCAUUUUUCGUCGGAGCGAAGAUUUCCCUGUGACAGAUGUGGAUUGCAGGACUUGGCUAGGAUGACGUACUCCUGGGAGAUUUAAUUAACAGGACAGGGUAGCAGCCACUGAAUUCGAGGAACGCCGACGCCAAGGUGUUUAACGGAAAAUGAAUCCUUCAAUGGUUUUUCCAAACAGAGUACAGUUUCAUAAAUUGCCAGUGGAGUACCCCUGAUUCGAUAAAGAAAAACUCAGACGACUAGUUGUACGCUUUUUAAAAAAAGAAUCAGAGAAAAUUAGCCUCAAUGUUAUAAGACAAAGGAAUAUCAUAAUUCUGCAAUUGAGUUCCAGGGUUCAGGAAGGAAGAGGUUCAUAUUUAGCACUGAGUAUCAGAAUUUUGAACUGACAAAGACCCACUACCAACCGUGAAGUAAAUAUGACUAACUUGGCUGCCUGAAGAAGACGCCUUAUCUGGAUUAGAAUGGAAUGACACGUCCCUGAGUGAUUGAUUUACAAGACAGGAAGUAAUUGAAGAACUGGAGGACCGCUCUUCCUCUAAGACACCUUGCUAUUUCUUAGAUUCUUUUUAAGACACUAAUGAAGCGGUUUUAUUGUUUGGGAGAGUGAUUUGCUCUUCAGACGAGUGGUUUCAGGAAAAACCCGCGUUAUCUUUUCAUUUGCUAACGGCAGCUUUAUGUCUAUGAUAAACUGGAACUCCUCCAACCUUUCUGAAUUGUUAGUUGGCUCGGGAAAUCUUUUGGUGUGACGGUGAGAGUAUACAUUAGUAGAUCAGGGGAAGAAGUGGACAUUUUGUACCUAUCGUGGCUGAUCAAUGAGGCCUAAUUCAAGGCCUGACCAACCCCAAGCAAUGGAGUUACGUUCCAGCUGGUGAAAUCUGGUAGUUAUUCUCUCUGGGGGAAGCCCAUUCUAAGAUAUAGUGGAAGAAGUGACAUUGUGGAACAACCCUGGACUUAAUAAGGAAGGAAAACCAAAUGACUGGAUAAUUACGCUGAAACAGACACAAUUUCAGAAGUAACAGUUAUAACAACUAAGUGCGAAGCAGUUGACAAAAAGCAACAGCUGAAAAACACACUGAACUAAUGGUCAAGCAUUACCAUAAAAAGGAAAGUACACGAGGAAGUAACCACACCCUCAUGGCAUGACUCUGAAUCCUGUCUGAACGUGACGAAAUUUUGAAGUUGGAGAUCAAGCGCAAGGAAUUUUAACGAAGACAUUAUGGCUCCACUUCUAGACAUCAUACCACAAGCAGCUGUCUUAGCAUUGACAGCAGUCGACUCUGAAGGUCUACUUUUUAUCAUUGAGGGAUGAUGGACAGGUGGAAAAAAGCACUGUUUAAGUUUAAAUGGCCUACGUCCUGACCCUUCAUUAAAUGAACCAGCGUAGAAGACUUCCUAAAGAGAUGUUGUCCGACUAUAGUUGCAACUUUGUACAGGCUAACAAAGAAUUAGUAAGAGAGCUUCUCAAGAGGAGAUGACGAAGUUUAUUGUAACUGAAGAAGCGAGAUGGAAAUUGAUCCCUCUCAACCCUUCUCCUUCCCCCCUCUUUUAUGCUGCACUUUGCUGGAGUAUUCGGAGAGAUGAUUACGGCAGUGAAAUAAACUAGGAAUGCGAUUUAAGGCAACGCCAUGUUAUCGACGAAGUAUUGAGGACAGAUUUUAUGCCUUCUAGAUUCAAUUUCACUAACAUACCAAUCUGCGAACCCAGUGGAUGAUAUACCGAUCUUACCAAACCACUUCCAAGGGGACAGUUCGCGUCCGAAUUGUUGGAUGACAAGCCCUCAAAUCUAAAGAAGAGAUUGAGGAGAGCCCAUGGCAUGAUUGGUGUUGCUAGCUUCGGGAGUGGCUAUUAGGACUCAAGAUCGCCAGAACUAGGAUAAGACUUGUAUGUUGCAGAAUAUGUGAAAUUCAUCGCGGGAUGGGCAUGCACGAACUGCCAAAGUGUAGAUUGCAAGAUACGAAUUUCUCUGACGAAUUUUGUAACUACGCCUGUUGUAAUCUUGAAAAGUUCCGAUGCAAAGAAGGGUAAAGAGAUGUGGUUUUCGUUGGUUUAGGUAUAAAACCCCUAUUCAACCUUCUUCCUUUUGAUAUAAGUUAAUUGAUAUUUGAUGUCAGUUAAGACCAAAGAAUACUUUUCUUGGUAUUUGAGAAAGAAUAAUAAGAAGAUAUAACAAUAAUGGUUUCCCACGUUCCUUUAGGAGCGGUAGCAAAGCAAUAUAUAUAUAUAUAUAUGGAUGUUAAAAGCACUUCUCCAAAAAUUGCGACCUUAAAUAGAAACUCAUUCUAACGGAAAGGAAUCCUUAAAAUCACAAACGAAAUUGUUCAGGUGAUAAGUAGGUGAGGCACUUGGAAGGCAAUACAACAAAAACCAUUGCAGAAAUCGCCACCUGAAAUUAAUCAUAUUUCCGUCCUUUGUCUCAAGCUGUAUCUAAAGAGUUUUAACUUUCUGAUUAGAAUGUACAAGUUGAAGAAAUUUCCGAAAAUGGAAGCCGAGAAAAAUUGUGAAGUAUGGCUCCGCAGCUUAGUUGGUAGAAGCGUCCAAGCGGGAGGCACGGAUUCGAGUUCCGUCGGAGCCUUUAUGACUCAGUUUUUCCAGGCUUCCUCGUUUUAAAUUUCGAAUUAUCCAUUGGUAUUACAUCGCGCGGCUUGUAAUCAACAACAGGUCAAAAUAUAAUUUAUAUUUCAGCUACUAUUUCCAAUCAUAAAGCACUCGGUCGAGAAUGUUUGAAUAUUCAUAAACUAGAAGUCACAUGUUGAUUAGAAAAUUGCCUGAUUGGGUACAUUUUGUCAAAAAGAGUAAAAUGGAAGUAUCAUACCUAUACUCGUCAUACCCACUCUAAUGAACACCGAAGAGACAAAAAGUGCAAUGCUUUCAUCAUCUAAUGAUUAAAUUGAUAAUCAACAGGAAUACAAGCGAUAAAAAGUUGAUUUAAAUCACAUUCAUAUAUUUUCAUAUUCACCUCCUAACAGUGUUUUGUUAUGCACAAACAAAUGUAGUAUUUACCAUGUAAAUAAAAUUUAUUUUCAGGUCGAUACAUCUGAAUUGGAAUACAGGCAAGAAAAAACAAGAGAGAAAUUUCUAGGUUGUCUCAGGACUGUCAGCCAGAUAUCACAACUGCUUUACAGCGUGGAGAGUCCACUGACUAACGAUGACAUCUGUAUGGCGGAUCCCAAUCAAUGUCAUUAUGCUUAUGGAAGUCUAGAAGACCAGGAAUACCUUUCCAGGAAGCACGGUGUAAGUUUUGUGGAACUGGGUGACGAUGACACAAGAUGUCUAACUACUUCCUCUCAAAAUCGGAAAGACCAGAAAAACACAUCACUUCAGCAUCUGACAGAGAGUUCAGAAAGAAGUGAAAAUAACGAGGGUCUUACAUUGAACGCUCAUGAAUGUACCACUGUUGAGGAAAGCACGAACAACCAUGAGGAAGAAUCCUUGCUCAGAGCAGAUCUUUGUGAGAUAUUGGAGGGGAAACGUCUAUUUGAAGAAGAUAGACAGUCAAGACGCUCUUUUAUGGCUGACCUACAAGAAAGCCUGAAGAAAAAACAACCGGACUCCGAAAAGGGCGAUUCAAUUCAAUCAAACAGAGCAGAAGUAAAUGAUUUUUCAAAAUUGCAGUCAAGCCAAAAUGAUAGCAAAUGUGGUAAUUUGGAGGUUCCGCAUCAAAACACAAAGGCCCAGGCACCAAGCGGAAACCUCAUUUCCAGGAAUGUCAGUAAUCAUGAAAAUGGCCAAAGAAUUAGCUCACAUGAAGGCAACACAGCAAAGGAAGAAGACAAACUGAUGAGAAUACAUCAACUACCACAAGGUCCAGCCCUAAACAACGUGAAAGAUCGUAACGAUUUAGACAUGGAGCCUAAAUGUGAGCUUCCAGAGGACGUAAGUAGUGGAUUGCCUAAAACAACGCUGGUUAAAGAAUACCGCUUCACAGCCUCUAAUGAAAGCGACAGCUCUAGCAUUUUGGAAAGAGAGACGUACGCUAAGAACGUAGAGACAGCGAGAAAUGAUGUUUUUUUAAGUGAGCAAAACGCCAUCAAAACCAACAGGGAGACAUCACGUAACCAAGAGGUACAAGGCACUAUAGGAGUUAUCCAAGGAGAUCAAGAAGGGCAAAGACAAACGAAGCCCGGCGGAAAUAAAUUUAAAAGUAGAAAACAGCAUCUUGAGGAAGAAAGUGAACGAAGCGAGGUGGAAAUCAGGGGAAAUAGGGGCAAUACACUGGAAAAGCAAGAAACUCCUUGUUCCGAUUCUGAGUUAAGAUCCACCAUUUCAAACCGCAAUGAAAGUACCAUCAGGUCCUUUCUAAACGUGUCAAUGAAAGAAAGGAACCAAUAUCCUUAUUGUUCUAAGUCGAGAGCCACCAUCUCAAACUGUGAAAGUACCACCAGGUCUUGAAGAACUUGACAAAAACGCCGUUGUUGUUGAUGGAUCAGUACUCGAAAAAAAUUAUCACAAGGAUAUUCAUGCCAUGGUUGUCAUGCCUAACCACGAGGUACAAGAUGCUAUAGCAGUUGAUCAAAGACAAACGAAGUCUGGUGUAAAUAAACUGGAAAUUGGAAAGCAACACCUUGUGGAAGACAGGGAACGAAGUGGGGUGGAAAUGAUAGGAAAUAAAUCCAAUACACCAGAAAAGGAUGGCACUUCUUGUCCCGAUAGCGACGAAAUGACAUCAGCAAGAAUAUUCGAGCCACUUUUUGAGGAGAUGACAAACAAAAGACCAGAACAUUCGUGUCAAAUCUUUUGAAGGAUGGUACUUGGGUCAAACCUAAAAGUGGAUGGAAAAAGAGAACCAAGAACAAGGAUACCGUUAGAAGUCAAAAUGACGUGGUAAAUCUUCUAAGAGGACCUUAACAAAAACGCUGUCGUUGUUGAUGGAUCAGUACUUGAAAAAAAUUGUUACAAGGACAUGCCCAACCUAAAACGAGGAAAAUUGGUCAAAGCAAACGAUCUUUGAAAUAAAUUGGAAAUUAGAAAAGCUUGUGGAAGACAAACGAAGUAAAAAUGAUGGAUCCUCACGGACAGGAUGGCAUUUUAAGACAAAAUAACACAGAGAGAACAUCCAAGCCCUCUCAAACCGCCAACCCAGAACAAAUACCCGUACCUCAAAUCGAUUGAUCUUCCAUGGGUGCCAAUCUAAUAGAGGAAAAUGUUGUUUUGAAGCUGACGGCGGAAGUCGUGAAGACCUUUUCAAUAAUGUUGAUACUGUAGAUGGACCAGUACUCACACAAAAUCUUCACAAGGACUUCUAUGCCGGCGAGAAGUUCAAAACCAGCGUAAAGCACAAAAGUGUAACCUUAGGUGGCGAAAACGAGUCACAUACAGAUGAGCUUUGCAAAUCUAGAUAUCCUCUUGAACCUAAGAGUAACCUCUUUCAAUCUCACUCGGGCGAUGGAGGUGCAAGACCCAAACAAAGAUCAACAGACAACACUAAAACCCGCCUACCCCGGACCAGCAAUAAAAAUCCAAUGUCAGCUAACUCUGACCUCGAACGAAUAUAUCCGGGCCUAGAUCCUGAUUUUCUGGCACGUCACGUCAAAGAGGGUAGCCCACUGCUUCCGUUUCACAACGGUGGUAACUAUAAUCAUGCUUCAUCAGACGGUCUGUGGCAAGACUACGAACAGGAGUACUUUUCAUUUAAUGAUCAGGACCAAGUCUUCAAUAGCAAAGAUCAAAAGUCACACUUCAUGGAAGAGUUCAUUCCACGCGAUAAAGCCAAUAGAUAUGAUAAAGUUAUUCCUGUUUAUAACGCCUUAGCUGCUUUAGUGCCACUGAACGGAAAGGAAAAAGAAAGCUGGCAUUUUCCACCCUCAGAGUCCUGUAAAGAUAUGGUGCUGCGAAAUCAAUGCUUUGCCGAGAGAACAAACGAGUCAAAUCCAACAUCGCUGCCAAAAUCUCUUGAUGCCAACCGGGUGAAACCCUUCUGUACGUGUGGAUCAGCAUGUGCAUACAAAGACAUGGCUUCAAUGGCAAAUGACUCCUCCACCAGUGUGGGUAAUGAUGAAUGUGGACAAUCACCACCAAUGAGCGAGAACGAGCAUUCAUGGACAGAAAAUGCAUUGACCGCUAAUUUUAGAUACCUUCAAGAGAUAAUGGCCAAGACUAUCCGGCUUGUUGCCUUAAGUGCUACAGGUGCGAAGGAAAAUCAUCCAGCAAACCAGACAGUCGAAAAGACAGGCAUACAGGAAGAAACAGGCGAUAUGGGAGAAGCAGAAGCAACCGUAACACAACGAAUUUAUGAGACGAACACUCAACGAGAAUCUACCCCAUCAAAUGAAACGACCGUAGAAGCUGAGCGGCAACCCACGGCAACACCUGUACAAGAGAGUCCACGCCCUGUUUGCAGUCAUUAUCAACGGCGAUGCUUGGUCCGGUUUCCUUGUUGUGGAAAGUUCUUCCCUUGCCACCGCUGCCACAACGAGUCAGACUGUAGUGAGGAUCAGGCAAGAGCAGUUAAUGCCACACACAUACGAUGCACUAUCUGCUAUCACGAACAAGAGGUGAGAUUUUUGUUUAUGAUCCUCUGAUUUGCUUUCAUGUUAAGAAAAGAAUCUAGCUAAUAGACCCUUAAACAGGUUAAUCUCAUAAAAGAACGGCUGAUAGACCCUAAAGUCUCGAACGAAAAAAAGACGCUAUUACAUCCUUUUUCUUGCAUUCUUUUCAGAUCGACGAAAAUGGCCAGAGAUGUGGCGGCUGCAACGCAGUCAUGUCUGAGUAUUUCUGCCCAACAUGUCGCCAUUAUACCUCCGUGGAUAAAAAUCCCUUCCACUGCGAAAAAUGUGGUAUCUGUAGGUAAGAUGAUGAAACGAUUUUUGCAUGACUUAUGGACCUAAAAAAUGAGAAAAAAAAAGGGAUUUGGAGGAUCUACAAGAUAUGGUUUCCAUUUCGACUUGAGAGGAUUGGAGUAUCACCUCAACCAGUUGUUUUAUAUUUAGAAGCGUACUUUGCUACAUAGUAGCCUUUUAUUCCGACGGAUUGGGAAGCAACACCCCUAACAUCUUUCGGAAAUCUAGAUAAGUUUCUGGUUUCUGUCAUUCUGACCAGUUUGGGUCGUGUGAAACAAUCGGCUACCAAACGUGCGCGAGUAAAAGUAACAAAUUCGACUCCCUCCUACUAACUUUAAACGUUUUGAUAGAAUCCAUAGAGACAGAUCCUUCCAUUGUGAUGUUUGUAACGUAUGCCUGGACAAACGUCUUGAAGGAAAACAUAAGUGUAGACCUGAUUCGGGACACGAUGAAUGCUGCAUAUGUCUCGAGGUGAUGUAGUUUUGCUCGAUGGAUGAAUUACUGCCCUAAGUGUGGGAAAUCUUAACUAGUGUAUUCGUAAUUACACAAGUCAUGUGCUUUUAGGAACGCCUUUUCCUUAUACUGCUUGCUUCUUGAAGUAAUAAAUUUCCAAUCAAGUUUAAUGUAACUUAAUGUGUAAUUCCAAUAUUUAUCAUUGGUGUCUAUGCCUUUUUUGUACGCUCGACCAGAAGCCAAUCGCCCUUUUAUUUCACAUUUAAUUUUUAAUACGUCGUACAUCCCCCAAAACAUUUGCCAAUUUUUCAAAAUCUCGAUCAUGGCCUGAACAAUUCUUAAAAGUUACAUUUAGCCACAGAUAACUUCUUACCUUGUUGGUGUGGCGUUAGGAAAACAUGAACGAGCAGGGAGAACUGGAAACAGCUUACUAUCUCAACUAUUUCACAAAUUUCAAAAUUUAAGGAAUAGCUCUUGAAACAGAGAGAUUUUGAUCUAGCCUCCGUCCUUUAACUUUGUCCUAGUUAAACCUAUAUUGAUACAUUUUUCUUUACUCUUGUCACAGGACGCCUUCAGUGGUUGUCAAAUUCUCCCCUGCUCCCACAAGGUUCAUAAGGACUGUGCCAUUGCGAUGAUACAAAAUGGCGUGUAUGUAUUCUUGAAACCUCACACACAUCUGAAAAUAACACCCUAGUUUUCUGUGGUGACUUCUUUUGCCACAGUUGACGAGUUUAGUGCUUGUGAACAUUCCUUGACUAAAUUUUGCCUACUAAUUUUAGGUGAAAGCUUCCACUUUCUCGUAAUCCUUGGCAUUAAAGAACUUUUUUGAAUUAUUUAUCGAUUCAAUCAUUACAAAACUUUGGCUAAAGUCAAGUGAUAUUACUAAAAAAAACUAGCAAUUUUCGAAUCAGUAUCGUAAGGGAAUUACAUUGACCAAUUUGAUUCAAAUUUAAUCUCGACUGGACAUGGCGGAAAAGCCAUGGUAGGAAAAGCGCUUAAAACUGAUUUUGGAUUUUCAACAUUACAUCUUUCGAGUCUUACCUUUGAGAGCUACUUCUUCCCGCCUCAUCAGCUAGCUUUGCUGUGUCAGAGAUGUAGGGGGACUUAAAAUCAAGCAGCAUUUCUUACCCUUAAUUAUUAUUUUUUUUUCACAGCCGCACAUGUCCAAUUUGCCGCCAUCCGCUAUUCGGUCAACUCCAAAACAGUACUCAAUAA